AUGCUUCGAGGCCAACUUUCGCCAUGGAGAACCGCCCUCCAAAACGGUCAGCGCACCAUCUGUAGAGACUGCAGACGACAGAUCUUACUGCGGCAUGCCUUGUUCAACUCCGCGCCUCCUCGACAGCCUCCCGCUUACCUAUCCACGACCUCCGAAUUGAGUGGAUUACAAAUGCGACAGUUCUCUUCCCACCCUGUCCGCCGGAAAGAUAAGCCUUCUGAAGAUGAUCCGUCGAAUAGAACCGGAGAACCAGAUGCAAAGACUAAGAAGGUGGAGAACGAGUUAGAGGAAGCCCCUCGGACUGAAGACAGUGCCGAGUCCAAGAAAUCCCCUUCAGAGCCACAGCCUAUAGCUCAACCCUCCAGCGAUGGAAAACCGGCCGCCGCAGGCAGUGAUGGUUCGUCAGGAUCAGGACAGAGUUCAGGGAGCAGCGAAGGAACGAAGCGUGGACGUCGUACCACGCAAAUCUCGAAGCCAACGGUUCCGGAAACCUACCCUCAGGUCAUGGCCAUUCCUAUCGCGAAACGCCCUUUAUUCCCUGGCUUCUACAAGGCCAUCACCAUUCGAGAUUCUAAUGUGGUUGCAGCGAUCCAGGAAAUGAUGAAAAGAGGUCAACCCUACGUCGGAGCUUUUCUCUUCAAGGACGAGGCCGCAGACAAGGAUGUGAUUGAUAAACCGGAUGAUGUCCAUGACGUGGGAGUUUUCGCCCAAAUAACCAGUGCUUUUCCUGUCCAUGGGGAUGAGCAUAGUCUGACCGCCGUGCUGUAUCCCCACCGACGAAUAAAGAUGUCAAGCCUGCUCCCUCCGUCGACCCCAGGCGAACAGCGGAAAGUGGCAGUAGCUGAGAUUCUACCUGCAGAUGAGCCAAAACCCAAACCUGAUGGCACCGAGGGUAAGGGCGAUGUCGUUGCAAGUUUCGAGGAAUCUGCAAAGGAACAGACCGCCCCUCAAGCCACCGUCUACGAGCCAACAGCAUUCUUACGCAAAUAUCCCGUCUCGCUGGUCAAUGUUGAGAACCUGACUGAGGUCGCCCAUGACAGGAAAAGUGAUGUGAUUCGUGCCCUAACUUCCGAGAUUGUCAAUGUUUUCAAGGAGGUUGCCACUAUUAACACAAUAUUUCGUGACCAGAUCUCGGACUUCAGUGUCUCGCAAUCAGCCGGCAAUGUCAUUGAAGAACCUGCAAAGCUCGCAGACUUUGCUGCAGCUGUGUCAGUUGGAGAAAUAGAUGAACUGCAGGAUAUUCUGCAGACCAUGAAUGUGGAGGAGCGCCUUCACAAGGCCCUGGUGGUUCUUAAGAAGGAGUUGAUGAAUGCCAAGCUUCAGACCAAGAUCUCCAAAGAUGUCGAAAGCAAGAUACAAAAGCGCCAACGUGAAUACUGGCUCAUGGAACAAAUGAAGGGUAUCCGUCGAGAGCUGGGUAUUGAAGUUGAUGGAAAGGACAAACUGGUUGAGAAAUUCAGGGAACGAGGCCAGAAGUUGGCCAUGCCAGAAGCAGUCAAGAAAGUCUUCGACGAGGAGCUCAAUAAACUGGCACACCUGGAGCCAGCUGCAUCAGAAUUUAAUGUUACUAGGAACUACCUGGAUUGGAUCACCCAGAUUCCGUGGGGCCAAAGAAGUGCCGAGAACUUUGGCAUCAAGAAUGCCAUGACUGUUUUGGAUGAGGAUCACUAUGGGUUGAAAGACGUCAAAGACAGGAUCCUCGAGUUUAUCGCCGUCGGCAAACUCCGCGGCACAGUUGAAGGCAAGAUUCUAUGUUUUGUUGGCCCGCCUGGCGUGGGUAAGACCUCGAUCGGCAAGUCGAUCGCUCGCGCUCUCAACAGACAGUACUACCGCUUCAGUGUGGGUGGGCUCACAGAUGUGGCUGAAAUCAAAGGACAUCGUCGAACUUACGUGGGAGCCCUACCUGGUCGCAUCAUUCAAGCAUUAAAGAAAUGCCAAACCGAGAACCCCCUCAUUUUGAUUGAUGAGGUCGAUAAAAUUGGCCGCGGUCACCAGGGUGACCCGUCAUCUGCACUCCUGGAAUUGCUCGACCCAGAACAGAACUCCAGCUUCUUAGACCACUACAUGGAUGUGCCUGUUGAUUUGUCCAAGGUCCUUUUCGUCUGCACAGCCAAUCUCACUGAUACUAUUCCUCGGCCUCUACUCGAUCGUAUGGAGUUGAUCGAACUCAGUGGCUAUGUCGCCAACGAGAAGAAAGCCAUUGCUGAUCGAUACCUUGCCCCUCAAGCAAAGGAACUAUCUGGUCUUAAAGAUGUCGACGUCACGCUUGACGAGUCUGCCAUUGACGAACUUAUCAAUAAGUAUUGCCGGGAGUCUGGGGUUCGCAAUCUUAAGAAACAGAUAGAGAAGGUUUACCGCAAGUCGGCACUAAAGAUCAUUCAGGACCUUGGCGAGGACGCACUUCCAGAGUCAGAAGCGCUGACUGAUGAAGGCAAAGCCGCGUUGGAGGAGAGUAAGAAAGAUGAAACCGACGUCAAAGACACGCCAGAGAACAUCGAGAAUGAAACCACCGAAGAGCCUCGUGUUGCCCUCAAGGUUCCAGACUCUGUCCAUGUCAACAUUACCAAAGACAACCUCAAAGAUUAUGUCGGGCCCCCCAUCUUCACUGCUGAUCGUCUCUAUGAGACCACGCCUCCAGGUGUUGCUAUGGGUCUUGCAUGGACGAGCAUGGGAGGCGCUGCGCUCUAUAUCGAAUCUAUUCUUGAAUCCGCCAUUUCAGCCCAGAGCCGACCUGGUUUCCAGCAAACGGGAAAUCUAAAGAACGUUAUGAAGGAAUCAACAGCAAUUGCCUACUCUUUUGCAAAAUCGAUCAUUGCCACUCGUUUCCCGAAGAACAGGUUUUUCGAUCAUGCCAAGAUCCAUCUCCAUUGUCCUGAGGGCGCUGUCCAAAAGGAUGGGCCUUCGGCGGGCAUUACCAUGGCAACUUCGUUAUUGAGUUUGGCAAUGGAUAAGAAAGUUGAUCCUGCUUUGGCCAUGACAGGCGAACUGACAGUGACUGGCAAAGUUCUUAGGAUAGGUGGGUUGAGAGAAAAGACUGUCGCAGCACGACGGGCUGGAUGUUCUAAGAUCAUAUUCCCCAAGGACAACUGGGGAGACUGGUGCGAAUUGCCAGAGAACAUUAAAGAAGGUAUUCAGGGCCACGCUGUUGACUGGUAUAAUGAUGUCUUCGAUCUUGUCUUCCCAGAUGUAAAGAAAGACGAAGUCAAUAACCGUUGGAGGGCGGCGUUGAAGGAAAAGGAUUCGGAUAAGAAAUCGAGGAAAAAUAAGGAGAAAGAUGAGGAGAACGACUCAGAUUCGGAUGACGACUGA